AUGCUUUCAACAACUUCAAGCGCCGAUGGUGGCCGAACCCUGGACACUCUGCCUACUGAGGUCAAGAAUGAGAUCUUCCGCCAGAACCUCACUCAGGCCGAGCUCCGCGAGCGUCAGAUCAGACUGUUGGAUCCCAUCUCCAAGCUUGUCAAUCAUGGACAGAACGUCAAGAUACUUGGUGCCGAACCUGAUCUUGUGUCCAGCACGGUCAGAGCCAUGACCCCACGCCUAUUCUCGCUCGAUGCCGACGGCUGGGAUCUUUACUACCUUAUCAAGGCCGAGAAGCAGUACUUGGAUCAGAUACCCAACCAUCAAACACCGAAGCAACUUGGACUGAGCAACGCCUACCAGUAUAUCGCCGGCCUUGGAUGGCUCUUCCCUGACAACAACGAAUCACCCUCGACAGCCUUCGUCUUCAAGGCUGACUCCCCCAGCUUCAACGCAGAGGGCGUGCCCUUGGCGUACUGGUCCAUGGAGAACGGACAACACGACCAAGACACUUCCUGUUGGCAAUACAACGUACAACUCCUCAGUCUUGACUGCACACUCACCAUGGCAAAGAUGGCUUUGGACAUGAAGAUGCUGAACUCUUGCAAGUUCUUCAUCUACUUCUGCAACAUGAUUCUGAACACAAGCUAUUUCGCCUUUCCCGACCAGAUCCAAUCGGCCGUGUGUCAUUACGACUGCUUCCUCUCGCUUUGGCAAUCGGGUCUCCAGAAACAUCCUAGUGUAUACACUGAUGUCAUGCUUACCCUGGAUAACAUCGUGUUGCAAGGCGCCGCCAAUGGGUUUGAGGACGAGUAUGUCCGUCAGGACAGGGACCGAGUUGCCCGCAUUGUUUCGAGGGAAAUCAAGAUCUCUAAAAACGACAAACACAACUUCCCCGGUCUCCAUCGUCGCCAGCGUAUCUGGAACACGCAGGUUGACCUACACCGUUCCGAAGGUUCCAGUUCGAUGUCACCGUCCCCUUCUCUGUCUGCUAGCCUGGUUGCCUCCAUUACCCGUAUGGCCGACAAACGCAUAACCGCUCAGGAAGAUUUGGACGAUGACGAGGAUGAGGAUGAGGAUGAGGAUGAAGACGAGGGUGACAAUGAGGCUGAGCACAGCGAUGAUGGUGAUUUGGAUGAACUUGAGGGCAGCGAUAAGGAUGGCUCAGACGAUGUCGAGGACAGCGACGAGCAUGAUGACAGUGAGGAUGAUCACAUUUUCAUUGGUGUCUUUAACCCUCGUCAUUCUCGCGGAGAGAGCACCCUUUCAUUCCGCACUGAGUCAAGAUCAGAUGGGAUGGGAAUCAACAUCGUGCAUACUUCAAACAGGCCUUGA